CAGAACUCUCAGCUGUUGGUUUACUUCUUUCAAGAAGUUUUGCAGCUCAGCCAAAUAUUGAAUCUUUGUGAUCUACUUGCUUAAAGUUUCCUAGUUCUCUUAAAGGUGCAAGAAACUCCUGUAACAAAAUGCUGCCUGCAACCUUCAAACUGUGCGCUGGCAUCUCCUAUCGGCAUAUGAGGAACAUGACAGGCCUGAGGAAGAACGCCUUGGUGGCCAUUCACCAUGAGCUGAACAGACUGGUAGGUCCGGGCCCCAGUAACUGGAUCAGCCAAGUCCGCCGACGAAGCUCCCUCCUUAGUUCUCGGAUUGAGGAGCAGGGGUACAGCGAGGAAGAAAUGUCCUACGUGAAACAAGGUGAGAAUGCACUGCAGAAGGCCAUCAACAUCCUCGGUGAACAGGACGGCUGGACCAUUGAAACUGUAGCUGCAAAUGGAGACAAAGUCUUGAGUAAGGUGUUACCUGACAUCGGGAAGGUGUUCAAGCUGGAGGUGAUGCUAGAGCAACAUCCUGACACUCUUUAUGAAGAGCUGGUGGGAAAUAUGGAGCAAAUGGGGGAGUGGAACCCUAACGUCAAACAGGUCAAGAUCCUUCAAAAGAUCGGCCAGGACACAAUGGUUACCCAUGAGGUAUCUGCAGAGACGCCCGGCAAUGUGGUGGGACCAAGGGACUUCGUUAGUGUCCGCUGUGCCAAGCGCCGGGGCUCCACAUGCUUCUUGGCUGGAAUGUCCACUCAGCAUGCAAAAAUGCCUGAGCAAAGGGGUGUGGUGAGAGCGGAGAAUGGGCCUACCUGUAUAGUGAUGAAGCCCUGUGCUGAAGACCCUAAUAAGACCAAGUUCACCUGGUUACUAAGUAUAGAUCUUAAGGGAUGGAUCCCAAAAACAAUCAUCAACAAAGUGCUCUCUCAGACGCAGGUGGACUUUGCCAACCACCUCAGGCAAAGGAUGGCUAAUAAUGUUUCUAUGGAGAUGGCUCAUACCUGCUGACACAGGAUGCCUCUUGAGCUUUGGCACAGUGCGCUCAACAGUACCAGAGGAGCAACCCUGUGCUCAUUAAAAAAAGUCGUAGGCUACAAAUCUGCUUAUACCUGCUGAAACAGUAUGAAAAUCCAGAGUGUAUUAAGGAGAUCAGAGCAAGAUGACACUUGUUUGAGAUCUAAGGAAAACCUGAGCACAGAUGUUGGUUUCAAUUGGCAAAUGCAUGUUUCUCUUGCCCCUGGUAAUAGAAAACCUGUCAUGAGAUUUUGCAUCUUGCACACUGUGUGCCUUGAUUGUUUCUGACACAUUCAUCCACAUCACUUAAUUUUGCCUUGGCAGACACUUUGAGUCAGUGUAAGCAGUUAAACAUGUUAUAAACUGCGCAUAGUUUCCUCCUGAUAACACCCCAGUUAUUGCCCCCCCCCCCUGCUGUGAAGUUGCACUUUUAUUUUGUGUUUUAUUUAUUGAUGUUGUGCAGAUGCAUUUCAUUACAGUGACUGCCAAGUGAA